AGUAGCAGCUGCCCAGCACGGAGGCAGAUUAUUUCUGGCACGAAACACGGAUAAGAAAGCAUUUCUUCGGAUCUUUCAGCCGUUCAAAGUGUUAUCUUAACGCCUCUCUGUUUGGUGUUUUUUAUAAAACUACUAAAAUAACACCUGGGAGUCGUAUAUAUCUUACAUUUAAAGUAGCGUGAAGCCUUCUGAAAAGAUGGCGACAGCAGACGACUCGCGCUACUAUAAUGAGCAUGAUGACCGUGUUGGUGGACCAAAGCAUCGCAACCGUAAAGGCAGAGGCCCUUUCAGAGCCCCCUUGUACAGUGAUCAGAUGUCUCGUCCAAGGCAUCGAGGAGGUCACAGCGGGGGAGGUGGAGGAGGAGGAGGUGGCGGCCCUGGCCCCCGGUCAAGACUUCAUGAUGAUGAUGGAGACGUGACCAUGUCUGACAUCCCUCAAGACAGCUCGCAGCGCAGAUAUAAUCCAUAUGGCAGACAACAAAACCGUCGUGAUGACCGCAAUCGCAAAGGUGGAAGAGGAGGUGGUGGAAAUGACGAUAGAGGUGGCAACCGAUUUGGAGGCAGAGGAGGAGGAGGGGGCGGCGGUGGAGGACCAUCUGAUGGAAGAAGCAAGAACUGGUUUAAAAUGACGAUUCCUUAUGGGAAGAAAUACGAUAAAGACUGGCUUCUUUCUUCACUUCAGAGUGUCUGUCCCAUACCAUUCCAUGCCAUUCAAUAUCAUCUGGAUGGGAACAGGGCCCAGUUUUAUGUUGAAGACUCUACAACCGCUAACGCUAUAUUUAAAGUUUCACGUAGAAUAACGGACAAAGAUGGAUAUAAGGUGGCUGUUAUUAUGAACAGCUGCCCCCCACCCACUUUAAUUCACUCUGAUCUGAAGCCUGCAGAUCUUGAGCAUUUGAAGCAAUGCAUGGCCAAACGAUUUGAUGGAUCACAGCAGGCUCUUGACCUGAACAACAUCAGGGUCGAUCCAGAUUUGGUUUCACAAAAUAUUGAGGUUACCUUGAACCGGAAAAACUCCAUGUGUGCGGUCAUUAAGAUUAUUGAGGAAAACAUUCCUGAGCUGGUUUGUCUAAACCUAAGUAACAACCGGUUAUUCAGGCUGGAUGACCUGGUGGAUAUUAUCCACAAAGUUCCCAACCUAAAAAUUCUCAAUCUGUCACACAAUGAGCUGAAGACAGAAAGAGAACUUGAUAAGCUAAAGGGUUUGAAGCUGGUGGAUCUCUCACUGGAGGGAAAUCCUUUGUGUCACCAUUUCAAGAUCCAUGCUGACUACAUCAGUGCCAUUCGGGAACGAUUCCCCAAGCUGCUCAAACUGGAUGGACAUGACCUUCCACCUCCUAUUGGUUUUGACUUGGAUGAUGGUCCAUCCACUCUUCCACCUUCCAAGGCAAGCUACUUCUGCUCUGAGGAAAUCAAAAACAUCAUCCUUUGUUUCCUGCAACAGUUUUACAACGUAUAUGACUCGGGAAACAGACAGCCACUGCUGGACGCCUAUCAUGACGGAGCCACUUUCUCCCUUAGCAUUCCCUUCGUUUCCCUGAACCCCUCAAAAAGUACUUUAGGGGAGUAUCAGAAAGACAGUCGCAAUAUCAAGCGCAUGAAAGACCCUACAACACGAUACCGUUUGAUCAAACACACACGAUUGAAUGUGGUGGCUUUCCUGAAUGAACUUCCCAAAACACAGCAUGACAUCGCCUCAUUUGUCGUUGAUGUCAACACCUACACUGCUACACUGUUGGCAUUCACAGUCUGUGGAGUUUUCAAAGAAAUGGAUGGAAAGUCCAGAGAGACCUACAGAGCCUUUUCCCGGGUGUUCAUUGCUGUUCCUGCAGGAAGCACUGGUCUGUGUAUUGUGAAUGACGAGCUGUUCGUUCGAAACGCCACAACGGAGGAGAUUCGCCGCGCAUUCGUCGCUCCAGCACCCACGCCAUCCAGCAGUCCUGUGCCCACUCUGUCUGCCCACCAACAAGAAAUGCUUGCUGCCUUCUCACUGAAAUCCGGAAUGAACCUUGAGUGGUCUCAAAAGUGCCUACAAGAUAAUGAUUGGGAUUUUGAAAGAGCCGCUCAGAUCUUCACAGGCCUCAAGGCACAAGGAAAGAUCCCAGAUGUUGCGUUUGUGAAAUGAGUUCAUGUUGAAGCUUUUCCAGAAACCAUGAGGUGCUUUUCAGAUUCUGUCCUCCUCGAAUAUUUUUUUUUCUUUUUUGUAUAAUUCUUGUUUUUCUGAUGGAAAACGUUCUCCACAAAGGAAAUAAUUCGUUUACAGAGCAAAAAUAUGAGACAAAUAAGGAAAAAUAAAAGUUGAGUGAAGACAAAUAGUGACUCAGGAAGACACUAAGACAAUGUUUUUCCUCCUUAUGUGAAUAAUUUCUCCCCUCACCAACUCUGCGGUUCGAUGUUUCCUUAAGUUUUAAAUUGUCGUGUCCAAUAGGGGACAGUUGUGGCAAAUAAAGUACACGUACAUUGCUUGUGUUUUGUAAAAUAAAUAUUAAUUAUGAUCU